GACCAGUAACUUCUUCAUUCCUUCACUAAACUUUCCAGUUCUUGCCCUUUCAGCUUGAUACUCUUCUCAGACUCAGAAUGGCUGAACAGGAUCAAUACCUCACAGAUCUAAGAAAGGAAAAUGAGCAAUGCAAGAAUGAAAUUAUGGAUUUAAGAAAAGAGAAUGGAAACCUCAAAUCAAAUAACAGGACAUUAAGAUUGGAGAAUGAGAAAUGCAAUAAAGAACUUGAAGAUUUAAGACAAAAGAACAGAAACCUCAAAUUAGAAAUCAGCAAAUUAAGACCGGGCCUUCAGGACAGCCAAAAAGAAAUGCCCUGCCCCAAAGAAAGAAUGAGUAAAGCAGUAGACCAUAAAUCAGAAAGCAGUGAAGAGCCCAGAGAAUCUGAACUGAAAACUGUGAAUGAGAAAUGUGCAAACAAGAAGCACUGGGUAAAACUUCCAUUCCAGCUGAACUCAACAGAACAUGAUAUGCAGCAGCCACAGGAAAUGAAUGCAGAUGAACAAAACGACAGCAGGAAGCAAUCAAAGGAAGCGAUCAAGGUGCCACAGAAGCAGUGCACUUCAGUAGCAAAGGGACUUAGACCUCGAACCCAACAUCAAGAAUCACUAGUCUCUAUCGGCAUAGAUUUCGGCACAGCAUUCACUGGAUACAGCUUCGGGUUUAAAGGAGCAAAACAGAUUCGGCAGCCUAAAUGGGGUGAAGAGUACGGAAUGAACACCCCCAAAACUCCUACCUGCAUUUUAUUUGAUGAAAAUAAAAAUUUUCUGAAGUUUGGCUAUGAUGCUAUAAUGACAUACACCAGACAGACACGGAGAAAUGAAGCAAAGAAGCUUUUCCUCUUUGACGACUUCAAAAUGGAGCUCUAUGGCAAGGUGUUGCACAGAGACUCAAUGAUGACUGCCAAAAACGGGAAAAAAAUGAGAGCUAUGAAAGUGUUCUCUGAGAGCCUGAAAUUCAUGAAAGAUCACGCCCUGGAUAUGAUUGGAAAGCACACAGCUGGAGUAACGUACUCUGCCUCUGAUGCUACAUGGGUUUUGACGGUUCCAGCCAUCUGGAGUGCAGCAGCUAAACAGUUCAUGACAGAAGCAGCUACAGAGGCUGGUCUGGUGACAAAAUCUGAGCCUGAAAGACUGAUUGUAGCUCUGGAACCAGAAGCUGCAUCUGUGUGGUGUAAACAGCUCCCAAAGGAAGGUUUUAUGGAAGGAGAUCUUACAGAAGCAGAGACAAUAGAACAGAUCUCAGGAACACAGUACAUGGUGGUGGACUGUGGAGGUGGAACCAUUGACGUCACAGUGCAUGAGGUGGCAGAGGGGGGCUGUCUAAAGGAGCUGCACAGGGUAUCAGGAAACAACCUGGGUGGUCAGACAGUGGACAAAAACUUCAAAUCACUCCUCAGAGAGAUCUUCUCUGAAAAGGUGUUUGAUGAGUUUGAGGAAAAUCAUCCCAGUGAGCUGAAGAGGCUGAUGUAUGAUUUUUCCAUCUGUAAACGUUAUGAUGGGGAGGUGCUGGUGCAGUGUCCUUAUAAUUUACAAGAGCUAGCCAGGAAAGUAAAAGACAUAGAAGACUAUUUUGAGGGAAACAGUGAUGCUGAAUGGGAAAGUGGACAAAUACUGCUGUCAGGGACAAUGCUGAGAGCUUUACAUGAUAAUAGUAUCAGAGGUAUAGAAAACCUUAUAGAAGAGAUUUUGCAGAAAAGCAACCUGACCAUCAGGUAUAUCUUGCUUGUUGGAGGCUUUGCCUUGAGUCCUUAUGUGAACGGCUUUGUUAAAGAGAAGUUUGGGUCUAAGUAUAAAGUGCUCUGUCCUGUAGAUGCUGAAUUGGCUGUUGUUAAAGGAGCUGUCAUGUUUGGCAUGAUGCCAAAUGUGGUGGAAUCACGGAUCUGAGUACUGUGAUGUUCAAUUUCACUGCUUGGGAAAGAAUGGCAGGUGAAUGUUUUUGAUGAAAGUAAAGGGUACACCUUUAGUACACUGAUUCAGCACUGUUAAUGUGAAAUCUGAUUAUAUAAAUGAAUUGGCUUACGGUUAUUUCAUAUACAUAUAUUUAUAAUCUUAUUGGGAAG